AUGCUCCGCCGAGACUAUGUCUACCUUGUCUUCUUUAUUAUCCAUAUACCUAUCAUCUUUUUAAUAGAUACCGCCCCUUUACAACCUUCAUGGCUCCGCACCGAGCUCUCGCAGCAGCUGCGCGAUUUCUACAUCUCCACAUACAGGGAUAAGUUAUUUGAGGAGCCCGCGCCAGUCUGGUUUACAACUUUUAUCUGGAUGGAACUCUUCUACCAUGUUCCUCUGAGUAUUUGGGCCAUUGGAGGAUUACUCCGAGAUCAUCCUCUCGUUCCAGUUCACCUCCUUAUCUUCGGUGUCCAAGCUUUUAUUACCUCGUUGACGUGUUUGGUGGAUGUGUGGAGUUGGGAAGACCGCUCCACUGCUGAGAAAACACAGAUCACGUAUCUAUACGCUCCAUAUGUUGCUUUGGGUGCCUUGAUGGCUCUAGAUAUGAUCUUCCGCCUACAUCACCAACUGCAAGCCACUUCCGCCAAGUCCAAGCGUGCGUAG